AUGUUCUCGUCGCUGCUGCGUUCUCUUCCUCAGCUCGGGCGAAGAUGGAAACCUCUCAAUUUCUCCAACCCCAACUUCGUUCGUUUACCCGACUGGCACAAGAUUGAAGAAGAGACCCUACCACAUUAUAUCGCCUCGCAGUAUUAUCCAGUACGAAUUGGCGAAAUUAUCAACCAGCGUUAUCAAGUGAUCGGGAAAUUAGGAUUUGGUUCCACGUCAACGGUGUGGCUUGCACGGGACAUGGAUGAUCGGAGUUAUGUCAUGAUCAAGAUCUUUGUUCAGGCUUCGUCUAUGGGCCAACAAGUUGAUAACGAGUUGAAUAUGUAUAGACACAUGGAGCAGUCCUGUGCCACCCAUCCCGGUCGCGACGUGAUAAGAACUUUACUUGACAUGUUCUACAUCGACGGACCUCAGGAUAAGCAUCGAUGUCUUGUGCAUACCCCACUAUGGGAGAGUGUCCUAGCUUUCUUACGCCGCAAUCCAAUUGAGAGACUACCCUCUCCAGUCAUUGUAGUGGUCCUCCAUCGUCUAUUUCUGGCUUUGGAUUAUCUUCAUACCGAGUACCAUAUUGCACACACUGAUAUUAAAGCCGACAACAUCAUAUUCGGAAUUAAGGACGAUUCAGUCUUCACUAACUUUGAAAACUACGAACUUCAGACCCCUGUCCCGAGGAAAGAGGUAGACAUAAGCGGGAGAACAAUAUACAUGUCUCAGGAACUCAAAAUACCCAAAAAAGUCACCUCCCCAAUACUUUGCGAUUUUGGUUCGGCUGUAUACAGUGAUCAGCACCACUCAGUAUUUAUUCAACCUCAGAUCUACCGAGCACUAGAAACGUUCAGCGCAGAUAUCUGGAAUGUGGGAUGUAUGGUCUGGGAUAUCUACGAAGGCCAAGACCCCGAAUUUAAAAGAUACCGAAGCCGAGCCCAUCUUGCUGAGAUGAUCAACCUUCUUGGCCCCCCACCUCCUAGUCUUAUUACUCAGGGGGAGCUAAGCAACAAGCGAUUUCUUGAACCCAGAUUUACUGACUGGCCUAGUGCCGCUUGGACAGAGGGAAACCACUCUUGA